ACGCGAUAUCGUAAAAAUUGAAAUUUUCUGAAUUAAAUGACGCUAACUAGAAUUAUAAAUAGACGCAACUUAUACCCUACAUUGGAAAGUUCUUUGAUUAUUGGCAUAAUUAUAUUAUUUACAACUUAACAAAAGAUCGAGGCAUUUAAUUGGUAAUAACUACAUACGUAUGUACGCAUGACGUCAUAGAGUGAUCACGAGGUUUGGAAGUGUCAAGUGCCGCAAGAAGGACACUGUUUUAACAUUUAUAACUUUUGAAAUACAUAUUUAAUAUUUUAACCAUUUUAACUAUACGCUGUGCUCAACGCAUGCAACAGGUUGUUUUCUAAGGUCAAAUUAAACUUAUCUAUUAAUAUCUUUUUAAAAGGAUCAGGAGUUUAUUUCAUGAAAAAUAAAGAAAAUGGUUUAUUUUAUUGCAAUAAAAGUGUUGCUAUUUUUCACUAUAGUUCAACCAACUGUCGGUAUAUCAAAACUGAUGAAUUUCAAAAAGGACCAUGCAUUAAAUGAUAAGCUAUGUCCAUUUGCUAGUUUGGAAUUUGGACUUUUGAAGAAAUUAACAAUGUGUGCCGCCAAAUGUAGUGCUACAGAAAACUGCACGAGCUUCUUUUAUAAUAAGCAGACGACAACAUGCAAAGGUGUACCGGGGAUGAUCACUUCAGCCGUUGGAUGUGAAGAUGUCAUAAAAACAGUGUACUACAAAAACGAAGAUUAUGGAGGUUAUGGUACAAAGUGCAACGUUUCUGAAUGUAUGAUGACAAACAGCAUGUGUCUGGAAGGCGUGUGUUCUUGCCAGCCUGGCUUUAAGUAUAACCGGACAACAGGUUUCUGUGUGACAAACUGUACACUCUAUGGCGUCACGUAUAUAGAAUAUCGUGAUAGGAUAUUUAGCGAAGUCGCAUUAGCCUCUUAUUCCGAUCUUUCUCUAGAAAUGUGCAAAGCAAUUUGUUCAGAAACAAGUGCAUGUAGAAGCAUUGGUCAUAAGCCGGUGACAGGAUUGUGUAGACUAAGACCAAGCACACCUAUUGAAUAUCCAGCAUCGUUCAUUAUUAACCAAGGAGCAAACUAUUACACCCGAAACUGUGGAUAGAAUGAAACAGAGAAAAGGCUUUCUUUUCAGGAAGAAAAUAAAAACAUAUAAAGUGUGUAACAUGCAUUUGAAUAUCGCGACAAGACGACGAGUCUCUGCUUAUUUAUGUUUCAUUUGACUUUCAAAACAAGUGCAAAUUCCGGACAAACAAAGGACCAAACAAAUGUCAAAUUUAUGGUUUAUAUUUUGAAAAGAAAAAAGUACAUUUAAAGACACUUGAAUUCAAUCUCUGUUGUUAAGAUAGCAUUUUGUUUGUACCCAAAGUAUAAAUAAAAAUAAUUUGAUUUUUAUUAUGAAUGCUGCUCAUUUCUGUAUACGGAGAUUAUAGUAUAUGUGAUAGAUAAACCAGUGUAUAUAUCACACAGUGGAAACAUUCUUUCAGGUAUUCGGCGUCACACUAGACUAUA